AUGGGUUUGGGAGAAUUCUACGUUAUUUUGGGUAUGGAUUGGCUUGCCCAACAUAAGGCAAAUAUUUGUUGUACCGAUAAAAGUGUUCACCUCAAAGCUCCUAACGGUAGGGAUAUGGUUAUUUACGGUGAAAGAAAUCAAGAUUCAUUGCCUUUAUGCACCUUUGCUCGAGCCCGUCGACUUAUCUCUCGAGGGUGCAAGGCUUUUCUUGCUCAUGUUAUUGACUCCAAUAAGGAAUCUAAAUCGAUAUCCGAAAUUCCUAUUGUGAAUGAGUUUGUAGAUGUUUUCCCCGAUGAUCUACCGGGUCUUCCUCCCGAUAGGCAAAUUGAUUUCAAAAUCGAUCUCAUUCCGGGUGCUACACCUAUUGCCAAGGCUCCUUAUCGUCUCGCUCCAACCGAAAUGCGAGAAAUGAUGGAUCAACUCCAAGAACUACUUGAUAAGGGUUUUAUUCGCCCAAGUAGUUCUCCUGGGGUGCUCCCGUCUUUUCUUGAAACCCUUCGCCAAGAGAAGCUAUAUGCCAAAUUCUCGAAAUGCGAAUUUUGGUUGCGAGAAGUUCAAUUUCUUGGUCAUGUUGUCAAUCAAGAAGGAAUUAAAGUCGACCCGGGGAAAAUAAGUGCAAUCAUGAAGCGGGAAUCUCCUAAGUCCCCGAAGGAAAUUCGUAGCUUUCUUGGUUUGGCAGGUUAUUACCGUCGAUUCAUUCAAGAUUUCUCUGAAUUAGCCUCACCUCUUACAAAAUUGACCCGGAAGAAUGAGAAAUUCGAAUGGAAAAGUGAACAAGAAGGUGCAUUUCAAACUCUAAAAGAAAAGUUGAGUCAAGCACCUAUUCUCACUUUCCUGGAUGGAGUUGAAGAUUUCUCGGUGUAUUGUAAUGCCUCGUUCAAUGGUCUUGGUUGUGUCCUUAUGCAAAAGGGGCGGGUUAUCGCUUAUGCAUCAAGACAAUUAAAAACUCAUGAAAAGUCCUAUCUCGUCCAUGAUUUAGAGCUUGCGCGGUCGUUAUUGCAUUCAAGAUUUGGCGUCAUUACUUAUAUGGAGUUAAAUUCUCCAUUUAUUCCGAUCAUAAGAGCCUUAAGUAUUUCUUUGAGCAACGUGAUCUUAAUAAUCGUCAACGGAGGUGGUUAG